AGUAAGAGAGGCGCGCACUCCUAUGAAAAAGCGCCCAAAUUUGAGCACUUCAAAAAAGUAAACUAAGAAAAAUGAAACCCUAAAAUUACAAACAAACAAAAUAAAAAUCUCUGUUCCUUUCAUCUUCUUCUUCCUAUAAAUCAAUCCCUCCAUAUGACAAAACACUCCCCUACUCACCCUCAGAAGCAGAAUUUCAAUGGAGCCGGAGGAGCUUUCGGAGAUGUAUACGGAAUGACAAUGGUGCUUCCGUCCAAUUCAAAGCUUAUUGAACCUUCUUCUUCUCCAUCUCCUCCGCCUUUCGAAUUCCAAUUCCCUGAUGUUUCACUUGCUAUCAAGAAUGUUGUUAGAACCAGAGAAGUUGGUGAGUUUCUCAGUGGAGCUUUAGCUGGGGUUAUGACUAAGGCUGUUCUUGCUCCUUUAGAGACCAUCAGAACGAGAAUGGUGGUUGGUGUUGGAUCCAAGAACAUUUCUGGUAGUUUUAUUGAGGUUAUUGAGAAUCAAGGUUGGCAAGGACUUUGGGCUGGCAAUGCUAUUAAUAUGCUUCGUAUAAUACCCACUCAAGCAAUUGAGCUUGGAACUUUUGAGUGUGUUAAAAGGACAAUGACGUCCGCCCAACAGAAAUGGAAGGAAAAUGGCUCCCCGAGACUGGAAUUUGGUCCUGUUAGCUUAAACAUUCCGCUCUCCUGGAUUUCCCCAGUUGCUGUUGCCGGUGCUGCUGCUGGAAUUGCCAGCACGCUUGUAUGCCAUCCCCUUGAAGUCUUGAAGGAUCGGCUGACUGUAAGUCCUGACAUAUACCCUAGUUUAAGCAUUGCAAUCAGCAAAAUUUAUAAGGAUGGAGGGAUAGGGUCUUUUUAUUCUGGUCUUUCACCCACUUUGAUUGGGAUGCUUCCAUACAGUACAUGCUACUAUUUCAUGUAUGAGACGCUGAAGAAAUCUUACUGCAAUUCGAAGAAGAAGAAGUCAUUGAACCGUCCAGAAAUGCUCUUGCUUGGAGCACUCGCUGGUUUUACAGCUAGCACCACCAGCUUUCCUCUGGAGGUUGCUAGGAAACGACUCAUGGUGGGAGCUUUGCAGGGUAAGUGUCCACCCCACAUGGCAGCCGCACUUUCAGAAAUCAUCCGAGAAGAAGGCUUGUUAGGACUCUACAGAGGGUGGGGUGCAAGCUGUUUGAAAGUUAUGCCUUCCUCUGGCAUUACGUGGAUGUUUUACGAAGCAUGGAAAGAUAUACUAGUUUUUGAGAAACGUCUUUUAUAGCAGCACUUGUGAGAUCCUGACAUAACUCCAUUUCAAGACUUAUGUUGGUUCAGUCAUACAUGCUUAAGCUAGAAAGCGACAACAAAGCUUCUGGAGGUUGUAGCCUGAGAUCCAGGUUUGGAGACCCCUCUAUUAAUUAUGGGACCGGGCUGUUCUUUUUAAUGUAUGCCCAUUGCCCUGACCAAAAUUAGUCGAGCUUGCAAUUUUGGUACCCCCGAUUGUCUCUGAUAUGCAUCAGACAUUUACCAUUAUGAACAAAAUUUUGUUUCCCAUUUGAUAAAUUCUCUUGUAAUUCCCAAGCAAUCUGACGUCAGCAAGCGUUUUAA